ACACCAACCUCACAUUCCAAAGCUGCAAAUCCUACUCGGAAACAAAGUGUUACAACUCUUCUUGAUAUUACUCGCGCUAAUAACAUCGGUUGGUUCAUAUCACAACUGUUAUAAGGCAACUGAUAACUUACGUUCGCUAGCUAUCAUGCUUUCGCGUUUUAAAAUGACGCCUCUUGAAAUCAGUCAAGCUCUGCUAAGACUCGAUGACAAACUGUCCAUCGAUGACUUGAAGGCCAUCAGCAAGCAGCUACCAUCUCCGGAAGAGGUUGCUCGUAUGAAAGAUUUUCAAGAUAUAAGCAAGCUAGCGAAGGCCGAUCAAUAUCUAAGUGCCAUUAUGACGAUUCCAAGACUCCCGCAGCGGCUGGAGUGCAUGAUAUAUCGCCAAAAGCUGGAACUCGAGAUCGAGGAAAUCCGUCCGGAUCUCAAAAUGGUUCAUGAUGCGUGUAAAGAGUUACGAGUAUCUGCGCGUUUCAAGCUGACAUUACGGGCAAUACUCACAGUUGGGAAUGCAUUGAAUGGGUCUAGCUUUCGUGGAGGUGCCUGUGGGUUUCGCCUGGAGGCGCUCGUGAAGAUGAAGGAAACGAGGACUGCGAAGGGCACCUCGGAAUGCCCUACUCUCUUGCAUUAUGUUGCACGAGUCCUCAUUCGCACUGAUCCGUCGCUUACACUUUUUAUCGAUGAGAUGCCUAGUGUGGAAUCAGCUGCUCGUAUCUCCUUCCCUACGUUACAACAGAACGUCCAGUCUUUACUUACGUCGCUGGACAAGGUUAAAGAAGAAAUAAGUCUGCUAAAGCAGAUUCCGCAUACCCUCCGAUAAUGACCAAUUCGUGACAAUCAUGCAGCCAUUUACCCUUGAAGUAGCACAACGCGUUGA